CCAUGGCACAAAACUAUGUUGGCUGGAUUCGGCAUGACCCUGUGUGCAGUUCCUAUUGCUCAGCUGUCACCUGCAUGCUGUUGAACCUCAGCUCUAAAGUGUCCACUUGAACUGACGACAAGACAGCCCUCUUAAAAUGACAUUUAUUUUGUGUGGUGGCUGAGGUAUCGGGACAGCUGCAAGAGUUGGCCCUGGGGGUGAACGGGUCGUCCGCUCGGCAGCCGAGUGCCUCUAGCAGCUGAGCCCCCAGCAUCCUCUGUUUUUCUCUGAGAGUUGUGGGGUCUGCCCUCUGUGGAUACACUACUUUCUGCGUCCCAGCUACUAGUCAGUUCUGGGCCACGAGACUAGAGCUCUGCAGUCACGCCCCUGUAGCAGCCUCUGCUCUUCCAAACUCCCACGACUCCACUACAUGCUGCAGACGGAGCCAAGCUGUAUCCAGUUCUGCCUGCACCCCGAGACCCUAUCCAGUUUCCUUUCUCUGUGCCAACCGGCCUUUGAUUCCCUCCUUCCAAGGAUGUACCCAUUUCAGUCUUAGCUUCCCCAGCACCAAAAAUCGGAGCCUUACUCCCUUAGUAACGAAGCAUUAAUGAGGAGGGCUGUGUCCUUGGUGACCGAUGGCACCUCCACCUUUCUGUCCCAAACCACCUACGCUCUGAUCGAAGCAAUCACCGAGUAUACGAAGGCCGUUUAUACGUUAGCAUCUCUGUAUCGACAAUAUACAAGUUUACUUGGGAAAAUGAAUUCACAGGAGGAAGAUGAAGUGUGGCAGGUGAUUAUAGGAGCCAGAGUUGAGAUGACUUCAAAACAGCAGGAAUACUUGAAGCUGGAAACCACUUGGAUGACUGCAGUAGGUCUUUCUGAGAUGGCUGCGGAGGCUGCCUAUCAGACUGGAGCCGAUCAGGCCUCCAUAACCGCCAGGAAUCACAUCCAGUUGGUGAAGUCGCAGGUGCAGGAGGUACGCCAGCUCUCCCAGAAAGCCGAAACCAAGCUGGCUGAGGCACAGACCGAGGAGCUGCACCAGAAAACCCAGGAAGCUGUUGACGAGAGGGCUGACCAGGAAGAGGAGGCCUACCUGCGUGAAGAUUGAUGGCUUGAGCCCACUGCCCUGUCUGCUCACUCAGUGGGAAAGCGGGAGACGGCAUCCACCUAGUGUUGCCCAGCUCCGUGGAGACAACAGGCUCUGCCCUUGCCAGGCAGACCAGAAGCAGCCUUUGGGAGCUGUCCCUGCCCUUCUCUGGCCCCAGCCUUUCCGGGCCUGGUUCUUAGCCCCUGACGUGGUUCAUUCAACACUGUCCCACUCGGCACCUCUCUUGCCAAUCUUACCUCACGCCCAAAGCGUUUCACCAACCCGGGCCAGAGGAAGAGGGGUCUUUUCUGCUACACCCUUAAGUUCAAUAGCUGUUUAGCUCCAGUUUUUAAUAUUACUCAGAUUUUCAAGUAUAAUUUAAAUGUUUGCGCCAGAGGAGGGAGCCUGUCUGGUUUCUAAGAUUUAUGUUUAUAAUGUCCUUUGUCCCUGUGAGCACAGCUCAGGGAGUUUCUCAGCAUGACAGUGUUCACCUGGUGCUCCCCACAGGGCUUUUCCAACACACGCUUCUUGUUCGCUCCUUCCUUCCAGAGUUUCUCCGCUGUGUCCAAAGGAAGAGAAAUUUAGUGUUUGCAUUAAA